UCUGCUUAGGUCCGAUCAACCUGAGCCACACAAUUCCUCUGUGACUCUCUGCAUCCUUGUUUACAAGGGCCUCCCCCAAAUCCAAGUUCAUACUGCUCAGAAACAGUGAGCUUGGGGUGUUUAUUUUAUCUUGAUCUCCCUCUGACAAAGAAAUCCAGAUGACACAGAACCCACUGAAGACAAUACCUGGAACAUGGCAGUCUUGGAAAUAGUUUUGGCUGUUAUCCUGACUCUACUGGGAUUUGCCAUUCUCGCUAUUUUGUUAACAAGAUGGACACGGCACAAGCAAAAUGAAAUUGAUAUCUCAAGAUACAGUUCUGAACAAAGUGCUGGUCUGCUGGACUAUGAGGAUGACAGAGAUUUUUCUUCUCCAAGAUCUAAAAGAGGAAGAGGAUUCCGGAAUUUAUACUCAACAGAAAGUGACAUUUCAUAUGAUAAUCGAGAGGGAUACAACAGAAAUUACACGCCAUCAACCAGUUCCCUCGUUUUACCUCAAGAAUCUGUGAGUGAUACAAAUGACUUAAAAGCAACUCCAGAACUUUUACCUGGCACUGUAGGACCCAUAACUGGAACUAUUGGCCCAAUAAUGCAAUUCACAGCACCUAUUCCUGGAGCUACAGGACCUAUCAAGCUCUCUCAAAAGACCAUCGUGCAAACUCCAGGACCUAUUGUACAAUAUACUGGACCCAGUGCUGAAACUUCAGAAACAACCUCGGAAUCAACUCCUUAUGCAGUCAAUGGGCCAGCUCCACAAGCCCUCACUUGUCCACCUUCAAUGCUCAGGGGUCUGCCCCCAGCACCCAUAAUGAUUUCACAGAGAACCUCAACAAGACCUGAAAAAUCUAAAGUAAGGCAAGAACCACCAACACAGGUAGCAGUACCUAUCAUUACUCCAGUACCUAUUGUAAUUGGUCCAGUGGCAGCUGUGGACAGUUCUGGAAAAGUCACACUAUCUCCUAUGGUUAUAUUUCCAGGUUACAUGGAUGGAGAACUUAUAAAAAAAUCAGAUUCCAAAGCCCAGAUUCUAAAAAGUGGAAGCACUACAAAGUUUCAGAGUAGCCAAGAAGAAAACAAGGAAGAACUACAGAAAAAAAUCUCAUUUACAGAUUCUGAUGAAGUCGUGAUAGCAGAGCACAAAAGAGAAUUAAGCAAUUUCCAAGAUGUUGAGUUGCAGAAACGUAAGAUAGAAAUGGAAGUCAAGGUAAAAGACAGUAAUGCUGAGAUAAUGAAAAGACAGGAAUCCCAAGAAAAAGUGAGAGACAUGAAAAUGCCAAGAGAAGCAGCAGCCCAGGUAGAGAAGAGUGAGGCUGAAAUACAGCAAGGACAGGAAGCCAAAGUAGAAAAGAAUGAGGCCGCAACAGCACAAGGACAGGAAGCCCAAGUAAAGAAAAGUGAAGUCAAAAUACCAAAAGGACAGGAAGCCCAAAAAGAGGAGAGUGAAGCCAAAAUACCAAAAGGACAGGAAGCCCAAGUAGAAAAGAGUGAGGCCCAAGUUCCACAAGGACAGGAAGCCCAAGUAGAGGAACGUAAAGUUGAAAUACCACAAGGACAGGACGCCCAAGCAGAGAAAAGUGAAGCCAAAAUACCAAAAGGACAGGAAGCCCAAGUAGAAAAGAGUGAGGCCCAAGUUCCACAAGGACAGGAAGCCCAAGUAGAGGAACAUAAAGUUGAAAUACCACAAGGACAGGACACCCAAGCAGAGGAAAGUGAAGCCAAAAUACAAAAAGGACAGGAUGUCGAAGUGGAAAAGAGUGAGACCAAAGCAUCACAAGGACAGGAAGUCCAAGUAGAGAAAAGUGAAUCCAAAAUACCAAUAGGACAGGAAGCCCAAGUAGAAAAGAGUGAGGCCAAAGUACCACAAGGACAGGAAGCCCAAGUAGAGAAAAGUAAAGCUGAAAUACCACAAGGACAGGACGCCCAAACAGAGGAAAGUGAAGCCAAGAUACCAAAAGGACAGGGGCCCAAAGUAAAGAAGAGUGAAACCAGAAUACCAAAAGGACAGGGGUCCCAAGUAAAGAAGAGUGAAACCAGAAUACCAAUAGGACAAGGGUCCCAAGUAAAGAAGAAUGAGACCAGAAUACCAAUAGGACAAGGGUCCCAAGUAAAGAAGAAUGAGACCAGAAUACCAAUAGGACAAGGGUCCCAAGUGAAAAAGAAUGAGACCAGAAUACCAAUAGGGCAGGGGUCCCAAGUAAAGAAGAGUGAAACUAGAAUACCAAUAGGACAAGGGUCCCAAGUAAAGAAGAAUGAGACCAGAAUACCAAUAGGACAAGGGUCCCAAGUAAAGAAGAAUGAGACCAGAAUACCAAUAGGGCAGGGGUCCCAAGUAAAGAAGAGUGAGACCAGAAUACUAAAAGGACAGGGGUCCCAAGUAAAGAAGAGUGAAACUAGAAUACCAAUAGGGCAGGGGUCCCAAGUAAGGAAGAAUGAGACCAGAAUACCAAUAGGGCAGGGGUCCCAAGUAAAGAAGAGUGAGACCAGAAUACCAAUAGGGCAGGGGUCCCAAGUGAAGAAUGAAACCAGAAUACCAAUAGGGCAGGGGUCCCAAGUAGAGAAGAGUGAGACCAGAAUAUCAAAUGGACAAACAGCCCAAGAAAAGGAGAGUUCAGAAGACAAAGAAAAGCAAGACAAUGAAAAGAGAGAUACAGGGAAAGAUAAAGAAGAAAAUGAUGCCAAAAACAAGAAUGUUCAUGGAGAAAAGGACAAAGUUCAAGGAAAUAAUAACUUGACAAUCAAGGAUAAAAAAGUGGAAACUUCACAAAGGCGCAAAACCAAGUAAAGCUUUCCUUGCUUGUAAAGUACAACAAAAAGGAAGAGCAGUGGUAAAUAAAAGGCCCAUAAGACAACUGAUUAUUAUGACUUCUGUCCUCCAAAUACAAGUCAUAUCCUAGCCACUACUCAACUGUAUCAUAGUAGAUUGCCUUUAAACUAUACAUCUGCAGAGUUUCUGCUAUUCGGAAGUUUCAACAGUUUUAGACCUCUUCAGUCACAAACCUCAA